CAAGUACAGCGAACACGCAAGAAGCACGCACCUCUGUAGUUACCUUCUCCUCUCCCCGACGCGAGGUGCGGGCGAUGAUGGGGUGGGGAUGGGCGGCGGCAUGGGCGUUCGCGGCGUACGUGGCGGUGAAGCUGAUGGAGGUGCUGUGGUGGCGGCCGCGUCGGGUGGAGGAGCACUUCGCGCGGCAGGGGAUCCGUGGCCCCCGCUACCGCUUCUUCGUCGGCUGCGUCCGCGAGAUGGUGGCGCUCAUGGUGGCCGCCUCGGCCAAGCCAAUGCCGCGCCCCUACCGCUCACACAACGUCCUCCCGCGCGUCCUCGCUUUCUACCACCACUGGAAGAAAAUCUAUGGUUCGACGUUCCUGAUAUGGUUCGGCCCGACGCCGCGGCUCGCCGUCGCCGACCCCGACCUCAUCCGGGAGAUCCUGCUGUCCCGCGCAGAGCACUUUGACCGCUACGAGUCGCACCCCAUGGUGCGGCAGCUAGAGGGCGAAGGGCUCGUCAGCCUGCGCGGCGAGAAGUGGGCGCACCGCCGCAAGGUGCUCACGCCAGCCUUCCACAUGGAGAACCUCAAGUUGCUGCUGCCGUUCGUCGGGAAGACGGUGGUGGACAUGGUGGAGAAGUGGCGCGACAUGGCCGCCGCAGCGUCCGGCGAGGUCGAGAUCGACGUGUCCGAGUGGUUCCAGGUGGUGACGGAGGACGCCAUCACCCGCACGGCGUUCGGCCGGAGCUACGAGGACGGCAAGGCCGUUUUCAAGCUCCAGACGCAGCUCAUGGCCUUCGCCUCCGAGGCAUUUCGCAAGGUCUUCAUCCCUGGAUACAGGUUCUUACCGACCAAGAAGAACACGAGCUCGUGGAAGCUGGACAAGGAGAUCAGAAAGAACCUGGUGACGCUUAUUGGCCGACGACAGGAGGCUGCGGACGACGAGAAGCUCAACGGCUGCGCCAAGGAUCUCCUUGGCCUCAUGAUCAAGGCGAGCAGCAACGGCGGCAAGGUGAGCCCCGUCACCGUGAACGACAUAGUGGAGGAGUGCAAGACGUUCUUCUUCGCCGGCAAGCAAACAACGUCGAACCUCCUGACGUGGACCACCGUCGUGCUGGCCAUGCACCCGGAGUGGCAGGAGCGCGCCCGGCAGGAGGUCCUCGACGUCUGCGGCGCGCACGACAUCCCCUCCCGCGUGCAGCUCGCCAGGCUCAAGACUCUCGGGAUGAUCCUGAACGAGACGCUGCGGCUGUACCCGCCGGCCGUGGCGACGGUGCGGCGAGCCAAAACCGACGUGGAGCUCGGCGGGUGCCUCAUCCCGCGCGACACGGAGCUGCUGAUCCCGAUCAUGGCCGUGCACCACGACACGCGGCUGUGGGGGCCGGACGCCACGCAGUUCAACCCGGCGCGCUUCACAGACGGCGGGGCGCGGGCGGCCAAGCACCCGACGGCGUUCAUUCCGUUCGGGCUGGGAGAGCGGAUGUGCAUUGGCCAGAACCUGGCGCUCCUGGAGGCCAAGCUCACCGUGGCCAUCAUACUCCAGCGGUUCGAAUUCCGGCUGUCGCCCAACUACCUCCACGCACCAACGGUCCUGAUGCUACUCCACCCGCAAUACGGGGCGCCAGUGAUCUUCCGACCACGAUCGUCUGAGCCGUCGGAUCACAAGCGGCAUCUGUGAGAAGACCAAGUUACUAACCUUGUCAGUGUCAAUUGCGCCUGGCAGAAUAACCAAAUGACCCCCUCAAGCUCAGGAUGUGCUGCUUUGUCCUCAAGAGCAGAGAUCAUAGGAGCAAGCUGCCACCAGAGAAUGAUUAAUGAUUAGAAGCACCCCCUGUACUGUACUAACAUAUAUCCUGCUGAAGAUCCCAGCAGCAGCUUAGAUUAGUAGAUAAGUGAGUAAGCAGUUUAGAAGGUUUGACCUGUGCAUCCCAAUUUUUCUGUCUUUUGGGUUGAUGAUUUCUCUCCUCCUUGGAUGGGGUUUUGUUGGGUUUGGUGUAUGAAAGAUUGCGAAUUGUACACAUGUCGUGUUCUGUUUGUUUUUGACACAUGAAGGAAAAGGUGACAAGGGAAAAGAGAGCCAAAAAAAGGGGGAAUGCAUGAUGUUAAGAUU